AUCGCACAGACAUCAAGAAAAUCGAGUAACGAAUGAUCACGGUUCUAUCUCCUCUGUACAAGGUAGCGAAAUGUGCUUUCACACCCUAACGAUCCUUAUCGCAAGACUCUUCGGCCCUUGUUUUGAGUAGCCUUUUUUCCAAUCGUAACCCGGUCUUUUCGUGUCGAGGAUCCAGGACAGGCUCGCUCUUUUGCCAUAUCGAUGGAGCAGCCUCCCCCCGCUACCCCGAGGAAUUGGGGAAUUAAGGAUGCGGCGGCUCGGUAGUAAGACGGAAGGAUCCACUAUGGAACCCAACGAUUGCUGCUCCAGACGGGGUAAUACAGAUUACACUAUGUUAACUACUCCUCGGAAAAUAUUAUAUCAGAAUCUGGAACACUCCCUAAUCUAAAGAAUUACUGCGGGGCACCGCGUCCCUCGCCCGCCUUUGGUCGUCUUGCAUUAGAGCAAUGAGCUUUUCAAUACGGAGUAUAAAGGACCAAUAACGGCCUAUCCGCCAUCUCUCCACCAAUCAUGACUUCAAGCGAGCCAACGAGAGAGCAGCUCCAGAGCCGUAUCAAUUUAACCACUGAGCGCAAGGCUGUGUGCUUCUAAGUGUUCAUAUUCUCAGCCUGAUCGCGACCACGAGGGACCCAAGCUGCUACCAUUUCACCUAAUAUUUUGAGGACCGCAAAACAAGAAGUCGCCAUUCAUUGAUACAUUUCUCAUGCUGGAUAAUAUUCUGCAGCAUGCAAGUUGACCCGCAGGAGGAAACUCCCCCGAGUGCUUGCCUCGAACCAGAUACCUCUGAUAGACAGCAGAGAAGCAGCCCUCUUUCUCCGGACAGAGAGUCUAUCUCGAUUAGCACAUUGGAUACAAACGACUAUCAAAUCUUACAACAGAGUGGUGGAGCCCGAAAUGAUGAAACCACGGAGCCCUCACCCAUAGAAGCUCCAGCCGCCGAAUGUGGCAGUCAUGUAGAACCGAAAGCUCCGUGUAUGAGACCAGAAGCUACAGAGACGGGUCCUCAGCAUUGUGAUAAGCAAGAUGGUGCUACAGACGCGUUGGUGAGCAUGAAUCCUGAGAGAAAACGCCAGAAAUUGAUUCGAAAACUCAAACGUUUAUCCACACGAACCUGGGCAUGGGAGUUUUUCUGUUGGUUAGUAUCUUUUGCAUCGAUGAUGGCUGUCAUCAUCAUUCUCCGGGUGUAUAACGGCAAAGCGUUGCCUCAGUGGCCCUUGGGGAUCACUAUCAACGCAGCUAUCUCGGUGCAUUUGGUCAUAGUAGGAGCUCUCAUUAUAAUCUCCGGGAAUAUAGCCUUUGGCCCAAUGACUCAACAGGUCGUGACUUAUCCCCUGAGAAUGGUUCCCUCCUCGGAAACUGCGACUGUCCGACGGGUCCAAAAUUAUACCGUCGUCUCCAGUCCUGCACAUACAGAUGAGAACAGUGGACUUGCGGAUCCAACCAUGAAAUCAGCCAUAUAUACUGGCCUUUUUCUAAACGAAAAUGCAACUAUUUCCGCCAUUAUGCCCACAUGCCCAACUGGCAACUGCACAUGGCCCACUUACUAUACACUUGGUGCCUGUGCUGGUGUUGCAGACCUAACAAGCCAACUCAAAUCGACAUGUCCCGACAAGAUUGGGUCGAUUGAUACCUGCGAGUACACUCUGCCCAACGAUGUGACGCUGGCGAAAGACAAGAAUAUGAUCAUAACUAACGGGAAGGCGAUGACGUUUACAGGCCUCAAUGAACCAGUUGCCCACUUUUUCAUGGUCUAUAAGGAUCUUAAUGCUACCUAUGGCUCUGGAGGUGGGAACAACUAUUACGAUUGGGACUUCUAUAUUGGGGCAAAUGCACUGGAGUGUGCUAUUCGGUUUUGCGUACUGUCAGUUAACACAACAGUAACUCAAGGCCAACCCCACACAGAACUGACCGAAGUACGGACUAACGCCUCGCAUCGUAACCCUUUCACGCUGAGUAAAGUCUGGUUCGAGCUGUGGCUCGAACCCGAAGACCAGGAUAUGGCAUAUAUCAUCCCUCAAGGAAGUCGUGAAGCUAUCACGACAUGGACGUACGACGUUUUUAAUGGCACGUCAACUCAGGGAAGCAGGGCUCGAAACCUCUACACCUCCGACGUAGCACAGGUCUUUGCUGCCGCAAUGCAGAUGCGACCGCGGUCAGAACGCAAAACUGCCGUGUCAAACAUAAUGCGGAACAUCGCAUCAAGUAUGACCAACAACAUUCGCACCUACGGCGACGGUGAUUUCGCAAUGGGGAGUUCGUUAUCUGCGGAAGUAUUCGUCUCGGUUCAGUGGGAAUGGCUAACCCUUCCACUCGCUCUCAUCGGGCUCAGCCUCAUCGUGUUGGUUUCCACAAUUGUAAAGGCGAGGCGCCUUGGCGCUAAAGUGUGGAAGUCAUCAAGCUUGGCUAUUCUCCUUGGAUUUAACGUCGAUACGCGGAAGCGCAUGCCAGAUUUGGAUCAUAAGGAUAUCCUGGAUAAUUCAACAAAGGGAGUGGUGGUUUCGUUGGAGGAUUCAGGUGAUCAUACAUGGAGCAUUGUUCGAUGUUAACACAAACGCUGGUACAAAGGCAGUAUAGAAUGGUUCUUAA